AUGAAGCCAAGCAAUGAGGAAGGUGUGCCAAGGCUUCUUAGGUGGAUCAUCAGCGACGUCGGUAAUACAAUCGAUAAAGACCUGAAUGAUGCCAUGAAAAAGAUGCAACCAGGAUGGGUGAAGGCUUAUACUGAUGAAGAGCGAUUGCUUUUGGAUGAGUACCGGAGGCAGAAACAAGAAAAUAGCAUAGAUGCUGUGAAAGAAAAGCUGCUCAUUUCAGAUAUGCAAAGAAAGGAGUUGGAUGAGAAAUACAGCUUGAAACUGAGGAGGAUGAGGAGAUUGAAGAGGAUGAGGAGGAUGAGUACGAGGGAUGAUGGGGAGGAGCACAAGGAAGAUGAUGAGAUUGAGGAGGAGGAGGAUGAGGAGGAGGAGCAGGAUGAGGAGGAGCACAAGGAAGAUGAUGAGAUUGAGGAGGAUGAGGAGGAGCACAAUGAAGAUGGCGAUAUGCAUGAUCAUAAUGAUGAUGGUGAUGGUGAUGACAUUGACAAUGAGGGUAGUAAGGGUGGUGAUAUGCAUGAUCAUGAAAAUGAAAAAGAGGGUAACAAAGGUGGUGAUGACGAGCAUGGAACUGAAUCUAAAAGGAAUGAAGUUCCGUCUGAAACUCCUGAAAAGCAAAGCACUCCUUCACCAAAGACCAAUGAGGCAAAUGAAGAAGAGGAUGGAAAGGAUGGAACAAACCAAGGAGUUGAGUCUGAAACUGGUAACAAGCCGAGCAGUCUUAUGCCAAAGGAAGUUGAAAUCCCUGAAGGUCAAGAAGAGCAUAUGAACCUUAAUGACCAGGAUACUGCUCAAACUGAUGAAAUUGACAAAGUAGCUGGGUGUGAAGCUGCUAACAAGCAAAGUACUUCUAUGCCAAAGACAAGUGUAAUCAAUGAAGAUAAACAAGACCAAGUUAACCUUGAUGACCAGAAUGUGAUGGAUGGCACUCGAACAGCUGAAAUUGAUGAAGCUACUAUAAUUGCAGCUGAAGCCAUAUGUCAGUUGGAUCCUAAAGAAGUCCUUUUACUCACACAAGGAGAAGAAUCACAGAAUGAGACUUAUACAUCAAUUGAGGACCUUCUAGAUAACUUGUCUGAAACUGUAUUCGUAAAGCUUGAAAAAAGUUGUUACAGAACGACACCAUCUGAAGUGAAGGAAAAGAUGGCAACCCUGAUCCGCCACGAUUGUCCAAUCUUUGCAUUAUUGAGCCAAGAAGAUCCAAAAGAAGAGUCGUCGCAAAAAUGA